UUGCCUUUUGUUGUUGUUGUUUGUUGUUUUUGCGCUCGUUCAUUCAGAAUUUUGCUGAUCUAAAUCACUCCGACGAGAAUGCCACCGCGAAACACAUUCGUGCGGGUCCCGCCAGAAUUCUACAUCCCGACGCCAUCCAACACAGUCAUGCGAAAGCUGGUGCAGCGCAUCGAGGGCAAGCCGGACAAGAUGCUCUUCAUUGACUUUGCGCGGCGCCUCGAAGGUUGCUACCGCAACUCUGCCUACGACGAGCAGAAGGAGAUGCGCAGGAGCUAUAAUCUCUUUACGCCCGGCGUGUCGAACGCAACAGAGCUGGCGGAAAUGACGGAGGCUCAAAUUCGCGAUUACGAGGACGAUUUCCUGGAGCGCUUCCAUCGCAUCAUGGAGCGGGGCAACUAUCUGAUGUUGUCUCAAGAACAGUAUGACACUGCGCUCAAAGAAGACUAUCUCUUCAAUGUCCGUGCAGAAAUCAACUGGUCCAACCUUGAUGGCGCUGCAUUCGUUCGCUUCUUAAACCGGCAUCCAGAGCUUCGUGAGGGGACGCGUCAGCCCGCCUCCAUUUCAGAUCGCGUUCUGAUUUAUCAUCGAGGUGUUGGCGUUGAUCGAACGCAAGGCCUCUUCAUGAUGGAAAAGAUCGACUCGCUAUUGUACAGACUGGGUCACACCGUGGUCGACUGGAUGAAGGCUGCCUUCCACAAGCCGAGCUUUAGCAAGGGAACGGCCACGGCGGCGCUCCACGACGAUGCUGAGGACGAUGACAAUCUGGACUCGUCGUCGUGGCGCUACCGCAAAGUCGAGCGUCGCAAUCUGCAGCGCAUGUUCAAUGGCUUGAACCUUCUCUCGUCAGUGCAGCUGCAAGAGCCCACCUUCAAGCAGAUGGUCAUUCUGUACCGCGUUCGAAAUCCAGUCACCGAGGCGUCCUUCUCCUCCGGACAGCCAUCGGCUGACACGGUCACAUCUGGCCCUGGUGCCAGCUCGAGUAAUCUACGACAGGGCCAGGCGGUCGCUCCCAAAAACGCCAAGCAGGACGAGCAUCGCCCCAUCAUGAUCAAGUCGUUUGUCGAUGUUCCCAUGGCCGACUUUGAGAUGGUUUUGCCCGAAAAGACCAUCCAGAUGAACCCCAGCGACCAAAUCAAGAUUGUCGUUGCGGUCAUCACCUGCAUUGCUGCCAUUGUGUUUCAAAUCUUUGAUCUCGAAGAUUACCUUCCAUUUGGCGGAAGCAACUACCAUACGAAUGCAACCCUGUCGGCUUCUUCUGGGUCGACAUUCCUGCCCUCUGAAACACGAGCAUCAUCGGAGAUGGCGGGACUUGCCGAUGCCCUCACCAAUCUCGCCAGCGCGACUGCCAGUUCGGUCGUCGCGGCGUCUGCUACCGCGGCCGCGUACGUCAAAGCUGCUGCAAUGACAUCCAGCGACACGUCAGACGCAUUGGCCAGUCACAAUGUCGUGCAGGCAGCCGCCGCCCAAUUCGGAGCGUCGCCCGAAGAGCUGGCCGAUCGCAUGGACGCCACGGAGGACAAUGUGUUGUGGACACUGAUUGGCAUCAUCUUUACCUACCUCAUGAAGAUUUCCUUCCAAAUCUCUGCCCAAAAGGAUCGGUACAAUCUCAUGAUGACCCGCUCCAUUUACCACAAGUCGAUGGACACGCAGGAAGGUGUCAUGCUCUACCUCACCGACUCUAUGCUCGAGCAAGAGUUCAAGGAGGCGCUUCUUGCCUACUUUUUCCUCUGGCACAAAGGCGACAUGACUUUUGAUGAUUUGGACAAGACGUGUGAGCAGUUUCUCGAAACCCUCGGCGCCACAGUCGACUUUGAGGUCGAAGAUGCCAUCGACAAGCUCAAGCGCGAUGGAUUGGUUUUGGAGCAUCGCAGCGGCAUGCUGAGCGCGCUGCCUCUCAAAGACGCCACUGCGCGUCUCCACAACAAGUGGGUCAACCAUUUCAGCGAUCGCGACGUUGAUUGUCCGUACUGUCCAUUCAUCGAGAACUGUUAGUUUUGGUUGGUUGGCGGGGGAUGACGAAAAUGCUGCUGAAACCCACAAUAAAAUUAUCUUUUCAGACCA